UGCCUUGGCCUCCCAAAGUGCUGGGAUUACAAGGAUGAGUCAUUUACUUUCUAAAUACAGUGCCCUAUGCUUUCAAUCAUAUACAGCAACUAUUAACCACUUUAUAAAAAGGAAACAAAGAUUGUCCACGAACGACUGCACAGGAGGCCAGGGAAUAGGUGGCCGGUGGGGUAAAGCAUGGCUUUGGAAUGAAAUCCAACGGCCGUGGAACCAGCCCUGAUCAUCAGACUGUGCCCCACCCAGUCUUGAGGAUCACACUGGCACCCUCCUCUCUCCCUCUCUUUCCCACACUGUGGACAGACAGCCUGAGAUUCUAGCGCGUGUGUCCUGGAAAGCCGAGGAGGGCAGGGCCGCAUCAAGAACAAAGGACACUCGAGUUCAAAUCCCUGCCAGGGUCUGAGACCUGCAACGUCAGGCUUUGGGAGCGUCCUCUCACUUCUCCGGACCCCAGGGGUGGCUGCGCCUGCUCUGCGCUCACGCUUGGGGGUCCAGAGCCCCCGGCUAAGUUGCUGAGCGAGUCAGAGCUCCAAGACCUGGGUCGAGGGGGCGGGGCUGCGGGCGCCGCGGCUGCAGGUAGGCGCUUCCCACCCCCGCGGCCCCCUCCUUCCUCCUUCCCCCUUCCUCCUUCCUCGCAGCUCGCACACCCACACAACCCUCGCCCGUCGCGGCUGGAGAGCUGCUCUCGGCGCCAGCGGGCAGCAGCGCGUCGUCAGCCAGCACAGCCAGCCGAAGACCAAGCCGGAGGGCUGGGGCUGCGCAGGAGACCUGCACACCCGCGGCGCGGAACCCGGGCGAUUUCUGUCUUUCUUUCAUGCUUCUUUCUUUCUCUUAAACCCAAACAAAACCAACCCCCAAACUCCCCUGUUCCCACCGCAACUUAGAGGAGCGGUGGACUGAUAUGAAGGAACUGACGCAGAGGUUUUAUUCACGAACCUUGAAGAAGUUCUGGGCAAGUGACUCGACAGGACCCGCGGGGCCUGGGGUAGCCCCAGCUCCCGGGGCUAGUUCAGUCUGGCAGUGCCCUCUGGCAGCCAGCCCGCAGCUGCGGGUAGGGGUGUGGGCCGCCCCCUGAUUUCGCUUUGGGAAUAAUAAUGACACUACCCGUAGCCUGGAUCCAGGUUGCCUCGCUCGGCGAUUGUCCCCACCAGGUUUGAUUGCUACCGCGGCUCAGAUACUCUAAACUGUAGCCAAUAUGAUGGAUGAUGACACUGAACUGAGGACUGAUGGAAACUCUUUGCUGAAGGCUGUAUGGCUGGGGAGGCUCAGGCUGGCCAGACUGCUCUUGGAAGGGGGAGCUUACAUCAACGAAAGCAAUGACAAAGGCGAAACAGCUCUCAUGGUGGCGUGCAUCACCAAGCACGUGGACCAGCAAAGCAUCAGCAAGUCCAAGAUGGUGAAAUACCUGCUGGACAACAGGGCAGACCCCAAUAUCCAAGAUAAGUCUGGCAAGACCGCCCUCAUCCAUGCGUGCAUCAGAAGAGCUGGAGGAGAAGUGGUCUCCUUAUUACUGGAGAAUGGAGCAGACCCCAGCCUUGAGGAUCGCACUGGGGCUUCAGCUCUGGUUUAUGCAAUAAAUGCAGAUGACAAAGACGCGUUGAAACAUCUCCUCGAUGCCUGCAAAGCCAAAGGGAAGGAGGUGAUUAUUAUCACAACAGAUAAGUCGUCUUCAGGCACCAAAACCACCAAACAGUAUCUUAAUGUCCCGCCUUCACCCAAAGUAGAAGACAGGCAGUCGCCUCCACUGUGUGCAUCUCCCUCUGACAUAGAGCUGAAGGCCCCAGGCCUGGACUCUCCACCCGCUGAGAAGGAAGAUCGCCUCUUCAGCCUCCAAGCAGGGCAUCCAAGCAGUUGCAACACCUCCAAGGCUCUUAAUGAGCCUGGAUCACCGACCAGGAAAGUCAGUAAUCUCAAAAGGGCCCGUUUGCCCCAACUGAAGAGGCUCCAGUCUGAACCUUGGGGCCUGAUUGCCCCCUCGGUGCUGGCAGUCUUGGCGCGUCAGGACGAGACCCAUAGUGCCAGCACAGACAACGAGGUCAUCAAGAGCAUCAGUGAUGUGUCCUUCCCUAAAAGGGGGCCCCUCUCCAGAACCAAUAGUAUUGAUAGCAAAGACCCUACCCUCUUUCACACAGUCACAGAGCAGGUUCUAAAGAUUCCAGUCUCUUCAGCACCGGCAUCCUGGAAAGCAGCCUAUGAAAAAGGUCAGGCUCCCCAUCCACGUCUGGCCAGGAGAGGAACGCUCCCUGUUGACCAAGAGAAGUGUGCUAUGGGUCCGUCAGGGCCCUCUGCUCUCAAGGAGCCAGCCUCCUUCAAACGGCUGGAAAAUGACCUCUACGACUUAGAUUCACAGCCAGGGCCUGACCCUCCCAACCCCAUUGUCCUUGAAUCCAGCAAAGGACCUUUAGAUAGAAAAAAGCUCAACAGCUCGCAUUUGUCUCUUUUCCAUGGCUCUCGGGAGUCCCUGGACGCCGUGCCUAGCACAUCCCCCAGCUCAGCACGCCGCAGGCCGCCACAUCUUCUAGAACGACGAGGAUCUGGAACUCUGCUCCUCGAUCGCAUUUCUCAAACUAGGCCUGGCUUCCUGCCGCCUUUAAAUGUGAAUCUGAACCCACCUAUUCCGGAUAUUAGAUCUAGCAGCAAAUCUUCUUCCCCUCUUGCUAGUGGCUUAAAAUCUAUGGUUCCUGCUGCUCCAACUUCACCAAAGAGAGUUGACUUAAGAAGUAAAAAGAAGCUCCUCAGAAGGCAUUCUAUGCAAAUUGAACAAAUGAAGCAGCUGUCUGAUUUUGAAGAAAUCAUGACCUAGAAGUUUUAGAAAGGCUUAAAAAAAAAUCUAUGUAGUUUACGGAAGGGGCUAUGGAUGAGACUGCUUCCUGAUCAUUCCUUAAUGUUGAAGUGUGGUCACUUCAGAAGGUAUGAAAGCAGGUUGCUGCUUCACCUCUGAGAAUAAUCCCUGGGUUUUUAUAGGCCUACUUGAAAAGAGCUCAGGAUAAUUGGGUUUUGAAGAUAAAAAUUUUAAAAAUUCUCCAAAGAAAGAAAGCCUUUGAGUUUGAAGGUAACAGAGAGUACAGUGUUCUAAACUGAGGACACCAGUAAUUUUCUAUCAGACCAACAGAAAGCAAGAAUGUAAAUCAACUUGGAGUACUUCAUUUGUAAUAAAUCUAUUAAGUGCCUACAUAGAAAAUGAGGCUUUAACAUUUGUUAGAAUGUGCAAAAACCCCAAACCAACCCUUCAGUGACUAAAUCUGGGUAUCUGGCUUCUAUCUGAUGGAGUAGAGGCAGAUUUCCCCCAUGGAAGAGGCUCUGGCCUGUGGGUCCUGGCUCUGACUCUCAAGGAACUGUAAAUCGUGGUGUGGUUAAAAUUGUUUAGCUCUCCAGUGAUAUACCCUGUUCACAUACUAAUUUGUAUGUACUCUGAGUACCCAAAUAGCCAAUCCGUGUGGCCCCUGAAUUACGAUAUGUCAUGGUAGCAGAUGCCUUAGAGACAAAUCUUGCUCCGGGAAUGAAACUUUCCCCAGACACAGGCUCUUGUGUUGAAAUCUUGUGAAAAGCAGUCAAGGUUAAGUAACUUGGAGUUGAAUGUUAUACAAUUAUAGAUUACGGCUAUAAGAAGCAUUUCUAGAUUAUUCUCAAAACUCAAAGGACAACUGAGGAUGGGGUAUGCAUAGAUUAAAAGGUAAAGUAGGUGAUUCUCAGGUUAGAAGCAGUGGGGACCAUUCAUUUUUCAGCCUAAAGAUUUUAGUGGAUGCAAACUGUCAUUUUCCCUUCAGUUAUCUAGGUAAUUGAAGAAAAAUCUGAUUUCUUCUCUUCCUGAAUUAUCUAGGUGAGAAGAGAUUUGCAGAAAUAACCUGUGCAGCCCUUUUAGGCUGCUUUGAGCAAACCCAAGAAGGGAAGUAGAAACCUAACACAUUUGGUAUAAUGUCGCCACAUCUUAGAUGAAUAUAUUUUUGGCUAUUCCCAUUUAUGUUUCCCCUCUUGCUGCUGAGAUCUAUUUGCUCUAUAGUUAAAAAGCUCAGUAGUUCCUGAGGACAGCAUCAUGUAGAGGGAAGCGUAAGGGCUUUGAGUUUGACAUAUUUGGAUUUGCAUACCAGUCUUACCAUUUACCAGCUGUGUGACCUUGAGCAGGCAGCUUAACUUUUCUGAAUCUCUGUCCCCUCAUAUGUAAAAUAGGAUUAGUAAUGCUUCACUGUACAGGGUUGUGGUGAGAAUUAAAUGACACAGUGUAUGAAUGUGCCUGCCAUUGUGCCCGGCACAGAUAGAAGUCACUGGUUAAGAAGCAAUUUCAAUUUAUUUGAGAUUGCUGAAGCAAUAUCUCAAAUAAUACACCUACUACACAAAAUAGAAUAAAGUUUACCUGGAAAAGUUCAAGUAUCUCCAUGAGAUCCCCAGUUACUUGUAUAAGUACUGAUCUCUAAACUCAUGCGUAAAGUAAAAAAUUCUGCCACAUAAAAUCUACAUAUGAUACAAUUUUUCAAUAAUUACCGUUGCUAGAAAUUCAUCUGAAUAUUCAAAAAAAGUAAUGAUGGUUAAACAAACAAGCUUGGGGGUGUGUUUGGAGGGCUGUCUGUCCUGUGCAUUGUAGGAUAUCUAGCAGCAUCCCUGGCCUCCACCCACAAGGUGGCAGUAACACCCUCUCCCCAGCUGUGACAACCAAAAGUAUCUCUAGACAUGGCCAGAUUUCUCCUGGGGCAUCACCUCGGUUGCUCUCACCUGCUAGACCUAUUGAAUGCAUGGUAGGCAUAUGUUAAGAACAACAAAGCCGUAUGGAAAUGUGGGUGCUGACUGGCCAGCUAGGCUCUCCCGUUAACUUAAGACAAUUCAAGUUGUGCUUUAGUAAGACGACUAACCGACACUAGUGGUGGGCCUUCAGGAUUCUUGGCAAAUGCAGUCAAACAUGAGGGCUAAUGGUCUCAUACUUUGUAGGAAGGGAAGAAAAUAAGGAAAGCACAUAAAUUAGCCAAAAUCUACAGCUCAUGAACUUGGUUUGGUGCAGACAACUCUGUUAUUUUCAGAAUCAUUAAAUCAUUAAUAGUUUUUAUCAAGUAGAAACAAUCCCAGGCAAAGAAACCACUUUCCAAUGCAUGAAAGAGAGAAUCAUACAGACACCCAUCAUUCUCAACAGCUCAUUAAAUGCAAACACACACACACACACACACACACACACACACACACACAGAGAGAGAGAGAGAGAGAGAGAGAGAGAACCCAUUUUACAUACUUUUCCAGGUGUUAGUGUCAGUUAAAACUAAUCUGCUAGUAGUACCCAGCUGUGGGUAGAGCAAGGCAUUCCAUAGGAGCAUUUUUUCCCCCUCAGCCUUUAGCUAAGAUUUGGAAACUCAAUUUUGCCUAAGUAGUGAAUGUGGUCCAUUUAUAGUAAUUAGCUUAGGUGAACCACCAAACAUGAUGAGUUGCUCAUUCAGGACAGCCGGUCCAUCGCACAAAUGUGUCAUAUCAGGUAUUCUCAUGCCACUCAUUGCCUGCAUCAGUCAGUCGUGACCUUUGCAUUAGCCUUUCAAUAGGCAGUCAUUAGGAUAGUAUCUUAACUCAUCACUACUUGAUGAUGCAUUAGCGGAAUUAGACUGUUCUAUAUCAGUACAACAACCAAAAUACUUUCUCAUAGAUUAUGCAUAAAUACGCGAUUUUGUCCAUGUCAAUGAAUUUCAUAAGAAUGCUUUUUAAAAGUAUACUUUAGAUUCAAACAUGCUUUCUAGAUCAGAGGUUAGCUUGUCUUUUGGGAAUGGUGAAGUCACUCAUAAGUUAGCUGCAAACUAUAGUUUCAAUAAUUCAACUGCUUAAGAGUUUCUGGACUGUUUAUCAAAAUAUAUUACAGAAUGUGAACCUAAAGCUUAAAGUCUGGACCUUUGGUUUAAUUUCUAGACAUUCCAAAGCCCUUUUUUUUUCUUUUCUGAAAAAAAAAAAAAAAAAAAAAAAAAAAAAAAAAAAAAAAAAAAAAAAGAAAGAAAGAAACCCAUUGUCUAUUCUCUUAAAACUUCGUUAAGUAAAUGGUACCUUGCAAAUGCAGGCUGUGUCUGACCUUCCUCUUUUCUGUGUGUUGGUGCCUCAGAUGUAUUGUGUGCUGCUUGAACUGAUUCUCUAGAAUUUCAUCCUAGUCUCAAGCUGGUGAUGUGCUCAAAGAUGUAUCAAAAUCCAUGUAAUGACACCAUUUAGAUGUUUCUAAUACGUCAAUAAAUGAUAUAUUGUAAUCGUUUCAUCAUA